AAAAAAUUGAUCAAAAUGGCGGGAAAAUGUCCUUACAGCCCUUUUUGCCUCGAAUAAAACCCUAGCCCAUUUUUUACAGAGUAAUUUCCUUAUGGAUAAUGGCAGUAAGCUUCAUCGAUUCAGCUGAUCGUUGCGUGUAGAUACCUUUCUUCUUUCUCCAAUUUAGGGUUUCAUGUUCCCAGGUUUUCCUAUUUUGCAGCUGCUUUUAGGGUUUAAUUUGGUUUGAUAGCUCAUUUCUGGGUUGAAAAUGGCUGAUGCAUUUGAAGAGGAUGGUGAGAAUACUGUUUCAAUUGGAGAGUUUCUCCAAGAUCUCGAAGAGCAGGAGCUGGAAGCAGAUCUGGUCUUAGGUGGUGAUGAAGGCAAGGAGUGCACCUAUAGUAAAGGUUAUAUGAAGAGACAGGCUAUUUUUUCUUGUUUGACAUGCACACCAAAUGGGAAUGCUGGAGUAUGCACAGCUUGUAGCCUUUCUUGCCAUGAUGGUCAUGAGAUUUUGGAACUUUGGACGAAGAGAAACUUCAGGUGUGACUGUGGAAAUUCAAAGUUCGGGGAGUUCUUCUGCAAGCUUGAUGCUAGCAAAGAUGUUGAAAACAUGAAGAAUUCAUAUAAUCACAAUUUCAAAGGUUCAUACUGCACAUGUGGCCGGCCAUAUCCUGAUCCUGAUGUUGAAGACCAAUUGGAGAAUCUCCAAUGCUGCAUCUGUGAGGACUGGUUUCAUGAGGAGCAUCUUGGUCUUGAGUCCUCUGAUAUGGUUCCAAGGGAUGACAAAGGGGAGCCUCAAUUUGAAGAUUUAAUCUGCCAGGGGUGUGCAACUGUAUGUUCUUUUUUAAAGCUAUAUCCUGAUUCUAUCUUUGCACCAGUCCAGCAGCAGACUACUACAAAUGCCUCAAAGGACAAGGAGGUGGUUGAAGAUGCACCCUUGACUGUGGGAUCUUCUAAGGAGCUUAGCAAUGGAAGUUCCUCAGUUGAGACUCCUGUAACCGAUAAUAGUCCUAAAGAAGACUGCAACGGAAAGGCUGUUCUUGGAGAAAAUGCUGCAACAAACACACUCCUUAAUCAGUGUAACACAGUUGCUGGUCCUAGUACCAAAUGUGUUGUUGGACUGAAUUUGUUAGAAGCUCCAAUUAGCCUUGAGAAAAGCAAGUCAAUGUUCCUUUCCAAAGACUGGAGAGAAGUCCUCUGUAGGUGUCCAAAUUGCAUAGAAUUCUACAAACAGAAAGGUCUUGUCUUCUUACUUGAUAAAGAGGAUACCAUUGCUGAAUAUGAGAAAAUGGCAAAGCAGAAGAGAGCUCAACAUGAGCAAGACCAGAGCGCUGAGUUGCUUAAUAAUCUGGGCCAUGUCGAGAAAAUGGAGGUUCUGACUGGUAUCGCUGACCUUAAAGACGAGAUUGGUACCUACCUGGCAUCCUUCGAUCCAUCAAAGGCAGUUACGUCUGCUGAUGUUCAUAAGAUUUUUGAGAAUCUUGCCCAGAAGCGUAGGCGUAUGUCUUGAGUUAUCUUGAAUGUUCAAGAAAGUAGCUCUGCAGCUACACAUCUAGUGUAGUUAGUUUUGCUGCCCAACGCUAAAACACGCAGUAGUUUAACUGUUCUAUUU